AACGUAUUACUGAGCUGAACGAUGAAGCUUCUCCUGGUCCUUUUCUCAGUUAUUGCUGGCCUUUAUACCGCGGCUGGCCAAAAUGAGAGUAAAUUUGUGUGCAAAAAUGGAGUUUCUUAUAUAGAAAAUUUCUGUAAUCAAUGUGGCUGCAAUGACGGCAACCUAGUGUGCACUAAAAUAGGAUGCUCAUGGUCUGAUCGUUUCAAAAAUUGUACGCAGGAACAAGACUUUUACUACAGAUGCGGUUACUGCCAAUGCGUUAAGGACUUAGGAUUCAUCUGCUCCCGAUAUAGGUGCCCAAUAAUUGUGACUGAGACUACGGUCACAAGCCCUACGGAAUCUCCAUAAAAUGUCCAAAAUUCUGCUUAAUAGAAAGGUGUAGUAAUUAUUAUUAUUAUGGUCGGUGUUUCUUGUGAGAACUCAGGUCUAGCCUGGUUAACUAAUCGCACGGAUUAAAAUCAAGUAACGAUUAGUGUCUGUGUCUGU